AUGGCUCAUUAUAGAACUUCAAACGAGUCCAAGAGGGAACAGUUCAGGAGAUAUCUUGAAAAAUCUGGGAUCCUUGACACUUUGACCAGUGUUCUGGUGGCUCUGUAUGAGGAGAAUGAUAAACCCAACAAUGCUCUGGAUUUUAUAAAGCUUCACUUGGGAGCAGCAGGUCCAGAACCAGCGGACACCGAGGCUUUGAGGAUGGAGCUGUCGGAUUUACAACAGAAGUUCAAUCUGUUGAUGGAGGAAAACAAGGAGCUCAGGAACAAGCUGAUGCAGUACGAGCCGGCGCCUGACGAGGGCGCUGCUGAGUAA